AUGUCGUUGGUGAUGCGGGCGCUUUUUUCUUCCACCCUUGCAUGUCGAGGCGGAGGUUUUUCAAACUCCAUUGUGCGCCGCCUUUUGCUGUCGGAGGCGUCGAUGAGGUCCGCCUUUCGCCGCACCUGUGCCGCAGAGGGUCUGGGAGUACACGAGGGCGUGGCGGAAGAUGUGUUGGCGUCUGCCAUUGUCGAUCCCGGGGUGCUUUCACUGGAGGACGCCAAAGCCCAGUUGCGAUCAUCGCCUGCCUUCAGAAUUGACGCUGGUGUCGUUUACAUGGCAACGGAGGGUGACUGCAUGCGAAGUCAGGUGGAGUCGAUGCUCCUAAAAGUGGCAACGAAAAUCCCCUUGUCUGGGGUGAGUGGCUCGCAACUGCAGGCAAUACUGGAGGAUGAGGUGCCUCACUUUCAGCCUUCUCUUGUGGGGGCGCUUUCCUUCAAGGAUGCGAUUCAAAGCUACCCCCAUAUAUUUCUUGUGGAGUCGGACCCCACAGGGAAGUGGAAAGUCAAGUCGGCCACCAGUGCGCCUCCCGAUGCACCCACGGGUAAGCGUGGGCCGCUUGGUAUCGUCGAUUUCUGUCGUAGGCGAGCGCUGAUGGGCCAUCACGGUGCCUACACACCUCUGCGUCUCGCCAUGCAAAAAACGGGUAUCACAGAGAAGGAUGUGCUGAAACAGCUGGUAACGAAUGCGGAGGUCUCAAAUGUCCUGCAAGUGAAGCUGUCAGUGCGAUUAAGGCCGAAGCGGCUUCCCAUCAAUGCCUUUUGUUUUAUCGACGGGGAUGAAAUUGGCCCUAACGUCGUGGAAUCAAUGGGGAAGGGAUUAACUCUUUCGAGUAAAUCCACUUACGUUGUGGCACGGCACCCGAUUUUCCCGAAGCACAGCAACAAUGACAUCAUUGUGCCGGAGGAUAUGCCCACCUAUGCUGUUUUGGAGUCGAAGGCCAGGGAACUCAUGCUUCGUCAGACUGUUAUUCUUCAAGACGUCAUAUACAUGUGCUCGUCCAGCCAGUUUACAUUGUAUGCGGAACAUGUGGCCAAAAUGAAUGUGUUCCCAGAUGCAGACGUGUACGUGUGUUGUCCGAGUAGGGUAAAGCUUGUGGCUGAAAAGCAGCACGUUCCAUUGUGA